AUGGGUAGAGAGCGCAUCUCCAGAACGCGCAUCUCCAGAACGCGCAUCUCCCGCCCCCCUCCGAACUACAUCAGCUCACACGAACUUUUCGCACCCGGUCAAAAGACACGGAUCGACCGAUACGACCUCAGCGGGACUGUUACACUGUUUGUCCCGGUGUCAGUCCACACUCUGGUCCUGUCCUGUCCACGAGACACGCGGCUGAACGGUGCGUCAGUGAUGUCAUUUGGCUCCAAGACGCGCCACAGUAUUUUGUGUUUGUCAGUGUCUAGCAAGGAGCUGCAGUGCUCUAUGUGGCCUGUGGGGGCGCUGCAUCCUGUGCACGCUCAGCUGGAGCGCUUCGAGGUGGGAAUGGGCUGUGCGGCCAGAGAGGGCGGACCUAAAGAGACCCAUGUGAUUUCAGUGGGCAAAGCCUCGAACACACAGGUAACUGUGGUACUGAGACCUCUGGCCCUGUCUCGUCCCGUCAACCGCCCGGUGAUUCUGGUGUUGAGUUCCCAGCAUCCCGCGCGCUGGGUGAUAGAAAACGAAGGACUGCCGCACAACAUUAACGUGCUUGUGCAGGUGUCUCUGAACUCCACGGCGGAGUCUGCGAGCAUGUCCAUUCGAGUGACGCAGGUGUCGUCUCUGCCGCAGCGUCCGCGAGUUCUGCUGCGCUGGAUUCUACAGCGGCACGCCACGAUCUCCUCCCUCACACACACUGUAAGGGCCAACCGUGUCUACCUGCGUCUGGGAGAGGAUCCCAGCAUGCCGAACGAGUGUCGUCUGCAGUCUCUCUUUCUGUCUCAGAAUUAUCUGGCCUCAGAGACACAGGAACAGGAAGUGCAUGGCUGCAUGCCAUCCGGUGAACGCACUAAUGCAGAAGUGCAUGUCAUCAGACUGUGGUCGUCAGGGUCGGGACUGUGCAGCUCGCUGCAGGUGGAGGUGUCUGUCUCUCUGCUGCCUCCGGUGGUUGAUUCAGGAUAUCACAUGAUCGUUCUGGUUCUCAGCAGUGCAGUUUCAGUGAACUGGGCUUUGGUGGCUCCAGAGGUCAGAGGUCACAUCAGGGUCUAUUCGGCCAACAGUGUGAGUCUACCAUACUCUCGGACCCCUGACCUCACCAUGACCAGCACCAUAGCCUCUGAACUUCUCAGCACGCCCGACCUCCUAGAAUGGGCCGAUCAGAAUGGCUUUCCCCAAGUGACCUCAUACACAGAGUCUGAUUUAGCCAAUCGCUUUGUAAUCCAGUUAAAGGCGGGUGGAACAGGUGAGUGCCGCCGGCCGCAGUGGUCGAGUCAGGAGGAUUUAACAGCAGAUAGAGGCAGAGAGGCGCUCACCUGUCGCUGUGACAACGGAGAUCUUACGGUUACCAUGGAUAUACAGAUGCUACAGACUCUGUCUUCAGCGGUGGCGACUGUGACUCUGCGGGAUCGAGGCUGUCAGGCGGAGUUUAACGGGAGCCACUUCCUUUUGGUUUUCCCCGUCAUUUCCUGUGGGACGGAGGGAGAGACUGAUGGAGUGAACAGACUAGUUCAUUACACAAACACAGUGUUUCUCUGGAGACAGAAACCUUCAGAGGAUUGGAACAACAACACAGACUGGGAUGUGAUGUAUGACUCUCCACUGAGUGUUCAUAUCAGCUGUGAGUCCUUUCUGCCCAGUCCUGUGCGUCCAGUGGACACGGCUCCCUCCUCACGGCCAGAGGAGUCGCUGUGGUUCGCUCCGGCUCCUCCCUGGGUACCGAGGCCCCACGGAGCUCCAAUUCUGUCCAUGGAGCUGUUUGUAACAGAGGCGUACGAGAAGAGACACGUGGGUCCGUGUGUUAUCACAGCAUACGAUCGUGUCUACACACAGGUGUCAGUGAGUGGCAUCACAGGUGAAUCUGUCGAGCUGCAUGUGUGUUGGGUUUCUCCACUCUCAGAUCCACAGACUCGCAGCAGCUGGAGCAUCAUCACAGACUCCUGCGCCUCCGACCCGUCUGUCUUACUGACCGAGAGAGAGACACGCAGCAAAAUAACACACAGCACAGAACAUGAUGACAGCAGACAGUCAGACAGACAGCUGCUCCCACGCUGGAGACAGACGGUUUAUCCUAUUAGAGGGGUUAAAGACACACGACCCAUCGCUGGGACGGAUAGAUUGGACGGGACGAGACAGGAGAGAGAAACGCGGGACACUGAGGAAGAGAGUGCGCUCACACUGCGCUUUAGUUUCAUCCUCAGACCUGUCUUUAAUAACUCCAUUCAGUUCCUGCAUUGCACACUGCGUCUGUGCGCAUCAGGGGCCCAAACUGAUCCGGGGUCCUCAGGGGCCACUGCUCAGACAGUGUGUCCACAGGGGCCCCGAAUACCUGCUCUCACACACGUACCUGCUUCUAAACAGUGUGAGUACAGGAAUCUCUCUCGGCCUGUACUGGUCACGUCUCCUGUUGGGGUUCUGGCUCCACCUGCUGGUAAACUUGCUCAAAAGCCCGCUGAGAUGUCGAGACAGAGUCCCUCACCUGACGGUAGAGCAGACACGGGUGCCGUGCUGGUGAUCGUGUUUGUUGCAUUUGUGAUGGCCGUCAGUCUGAUGGGGGCACUGUGGUGCAUCUACACUAACACUGGGAGACGUGAAAUGACACAGAGAGACCCAGGGGCGUAACGCCCCCAAUGUUCACACCAAAUCUGUGCCCUUG